AUAAGAACCCUCGAGGAUUUUGCCCACUGUAAAUUUAACAAUUCUACGUGAGAUGGAUAGAUUCCCUGUUUGAAAGCUUCUUCUAUCCAUUAUUAUUAUUAUUGUUAUUAUUAUUAUUCUCUCAUCAACAUCUUUCACUUCUCAAGAAAACUUUUUAGUUUUAGUUCAAACCCGCCUCCCUCGAGGCCAGGCCUCUAUAUAUAUAUAUUUAUUCCAAAUCGGGUUGCCUUGUCCAUUGGAUCAUCUUCAAGCAAGAACCUUUUAAAUUCCUUUUGUAUUUCGAAGGCAACAUUUUCUUGCUUUAUUUAAAGCCGGAGCUUUGAACGGUUGGUAUUGAGUUUUUACAUCAAUGGCUGCAGCUGGCUGCGACUGGAUUUAUUGGUGGUAAUGGGUCGUCUUCUUCUUCUUGGUUUCAGCUCGGAAAUGGGCAGAGGAGGAAGAAGAAGAUGGUGAAUAGGGUUAUGUUUUCUUCUGCUUCUUCUUCAUCUUCAUCUUCUUCUGUGAUGGACCCCUAUAAGACUCUGAGGAUCCAACCCAGUGCCUCUGAAUCUGAGAUCAAGAAGGCUUUCAGACAGCUUGCUUUGCAGUAUCAUCCAGACGUAUGCAGAGGAAGCAAUAGUGGUGUGCAGUUCCACCAAAUCAAUGAAGCUUACGAUACUGUGAUGAGUAAAUUGAGAGGGGAAUCGAUGGCGUUGUCUGAGUCGUACGAUGACGAUAUGGACGAGUCGAUGAGAGGAAUGAACGAUCCUGAUUGGGAGUUGUGGGAGGAGUGGAUGGGAUGGGAAGGAGCAGGAAUUCGUGACUACUCGUCUCACAUUAAUCCCUAUAUUUGAAAGUUGUAAUUAAUAAUCAUAUAAGAGUUGGACCGACGCCUUUCAACCAAAAAUGGCUGUUUAUUUGUGUAUAUAAUUUCAUUUAUCCCUCUUCCCUUGUAAAUAGUUGAAGCUGAAUAAUUUAAUGAAAAAGUGCAGACAGUUCUAACAUAUAA